AUGGCUGUUGCUUGGUCUGAAAAAGCUUCUUCCAUGGAGGCUUUGUCUUUGUCUCCUCCUAUGUCUCCGCCGGUUAUCCUAACCCAAGACGAAUUAAAAAAAAUCGCCGCUUACAAAGCCGUUGAGUUCGUGGAAUCAGGCAUGGUUCUGGGUCUGGGCACAGGUUCCACGGCCAAACACGCCGUCGACCGGAUCGGCGAGUUGCUUCGUCAAGGCAAGCUCACCAACAUCAUAGGAAUCCCCACCUCCAAAAAAACACAAGAACAAGCUAUUUCUUUAGGUAUCCCACUUUCGGAUCUCGACAGCCACCCUACCAUUGAUAUGGCAAUCGACGGUGCUGAUGAAGUGGACCCGCAUCUUAAUCUGGUGAAAGGCCGAGGUGGGUCUCUGUUAAGAGAGAAAAUGGUGGAAGGAGCUUGCAAGAAAUUUGUAUGUAUCGUUGAUGAAUCCAAGUUGGUCAAGUAUUUGGGAGGCAGCGGUUUGGCUAUGCCCGUCGAAGUUGUUCCUUUUUGUUGGAAAUUCACUGCCAAAAAACUCCAAAACUUGUUUCGAGAUUCUGGUUGCGUUGCCAAGCUGAGGAAUGAUUGUAAAGGGGAGCCUUUCGUAACGGAUAAUGGGAAUUACAUUGUGGAUUUGUAUUUGAAGAAAGAUAUUGGGGAUUUGCAGGUGGCAAGCGAUGCUAUUUUGAGGAUUGCUGGUGUGGUUGAGCAUGGCAUGUUUCUUGCUAUGGCCACUACUGUUAUAGUUGCAGGGGAGCUUGGAAUCACCAUCAAGAAUAAGUAGUACAAACUCAAACUAACUUUAUUUUAAUAAUUAGGGAAUUGCUAUUGCAGCUGGGAAUGGAUUCUUCCUUUUUUGGCAUUUAUUGAUUGAUGACAAGAGUUGUCUUGUCUUCUCAAGUUUUGUUAUUUUCGUUUUGGACACAAAUUUAAGGGAAGAGAAGAUUUAGGGAUGUUAGGAUUGUGAAAGCAGUAGCUGAACUAUGAGAAUGAUGAAUGUCAACUGUUCUAUGAUCAUUUUAAUCACAAAAUCGGUUUAUUAUUGCA